CCAGAGGAAGGAAUGAGGAGUGAAGAGCCUGCCGUGAACAUGGAGGAGAGCGGUGGGCAGGACGAGGCAGCGCUGGGCGGCCCGUGUCCCGGGCUGGUGCCGGUUCCUCCAGGCCACCUCGGGGCUCCGUACUCCGAGGCCUGGGGCUAUUUCCACCUGGCCCCCGCACGUCCCGGGCAGCCCUCGGGCAUCUGGGCCACCUGCCGGCUGUGCGGGGAGCAGGUGGGCCUGCAGGCGGGGACGCCUGCGUUGUGGAGGCACCUGAGGAGCGCGCACCGGUGGGAGCUGGAGAAGAGCGGAGCCCGGAGCUCGCCGCCCCGGGCCGCCGAGGGCGAGUGGGCGCGCCUGCUGGAGCAGAUGGGCGCGCUGGCGGUGCGCGGCAGCCGGCGCGAGCGCGAGCUGGAGCGGCGCGAGGCGGCCGUGGAGCAGGGCGAGCGCGCGCUGGAGCAGCGGCGGCGCGCCCUGCAGGAAGAGGAGCGCGCCCUGGAGCAGCGAGGGCGCGCGCUGCAGGCGGAGCGCGAGUUGCUGCAGGCGCGGCUGCUGGAGCUAAGUCGCCACGAGAGCGCCCUGGCUUGUGCCACUGGGCCUCCCCUGCCGCUCAAAGACGAACCUGAAGAAGACGGGAACGUAGACCGAGGCGUCAUCACAAAGAUCCUGAUAUAAGGGCGUGGCCGCGUCCACCCGCUGGUGCCCGCUGCUGCCACUGGUGGGACCUUCCAUGGGAUGCCCGCCC